ACUUCCAACAGUUUAGCCCUCUUUAAGAAGUCCAACUUUCGCCGUUCUAUUUCAUUCAUCUUCUCUUUCCUUGCCGGAGAAUCCUAAAUAUUUGUUGUUUAGACCGAUCUCAUACGUUUUAGCAGUCAUGAAUCCAGAAUACGAUUAUCUUUUCAAGCUUUUGCUUAUUGGAGACUCUGGCGUUGGCAAAUCAUGUCUCCUUCUUAGAUUUGCUGAUGAUUCAUAUCUUGAAAGUUACAUUAGCACCAUUGGCGUGGACUUCAAAAUCCGCACAGUGGAACAGGAUGGAAAAACCAUAAAACUUCAAAUUUGGGACACCGCUGGUCAAGAACGUUUUAGGACAAUCACCAGCAGUUACUAUCGUGGGGCUCAUGGCAUAAUUGUGGUUUAUGAUGUGACUGAUCAAGAGAGCUUUAAUAAUGUCCGGCAAUGGUUGAGUGAAAUUGAUCGAUAUGCGAGUGAUAAUGUAAACAAGCUUCUUGUGGGAAACAAGUGUGAUCUCACAGCGCAAAAGGUAGUUGCCACUGAAACAGCUCAGGCUUUCGCUGAUGAAAUUGGUAUUCCUUUUAUGGAAACAAGUGCAAAAAGUGCGACCAAUGUGGAGCAGGCUUUCAUGGCCAUGGCUGCUUCAAUUAAGGACAGGAUGGCCAACCAACCCGCAGCGAACAAUGCUCAGCCUCCAAAUGUCCAGAUCCGUGGACAACCUGUCAACCAAAGGAGUGGCUGCUGCUCAACUUGAAAGGAAUUAGCACGAUGAUACUUCUGAUGUGGCAUGUAAAAUUAGUCCCUCAGUAGUUUGAUGUGAAGAUACUAUAUAUUUUUCAGCCUUUUGCGAAAAACCCAUUCUUUGCAAAGUAUUUGAUUUUAAGCAAUAUUUGUACAAAAGCUAGGAAUAUUGGUGGAAUUAAUAGUGUUUGCUUUCGUUCUAUACUUUGAACCUUCAUCUGAAUGAUUUAAUCAA